AUGCACAGUGGAAAGAAGACCCAUCAGUGCCUGAAGUGUGGAAGGACCAUGAUUCGCAGAUCAGAGUUCCUUAGACAUUUAAGAACACAUACAGGAGAGAAACCUUAUAGCUGCUCAGACUGUGGGAAGAGCUUCUCAGAGAAAUCAGACCUUCUGCGACACCAAAGAAUUCGUUCAGGAGAAAAGUCCUUUAUCUGUUCAGAAAGUGGAACGAUGUUCUUGGAUGGAAGAAAGGGUAAUAUAGAUUUUUCAAAGCACAGUAUAAUGAAGGCAUGUAAAUGCUUUCGGUGUGGAAAGUACUUCAGAUACAGAUCACAGCUUUUUGUGCACCAAAGGAUCCACUCAGGGGAGAAACCUUUUGAAUGCUCAGAAUGUGGGAAGAGAUUCAGUCUGAAUUGUAAUCUUCAAAGUCAUCUAAGAACCCACACAGGGGAGAAGCCUUUUGAAUGUUCAGAGUGUGGGAAGAGAUUCAGUCAGAGUAGCCAUCUUCAAAGUCAUCUAAGGACUCACACAGGGGAGAAGCCUUUUGAAUGCUCAGAGUGUGGGAAGAAAGUCAGCAACAGAAGCCAUCUUCAAAGUCAUCUAAGAACCCACACAGGGGAGAAGCCUUUUGAAUGCUCAGAGUGUGGGAAGAAAGUCAGCAACAGUAGCCAUCUUCAAAGUCAUCUAAGAACCCACACAGGGGAGAAGCCUUUUGAGUGCUCAGAGUGUGGGAAGAGAUUCAGUCAUAGUUUCCCUCUUAAACAGCACCAAAGAACCCACACAGGGGAGAAGCCUUUUGAGUGCUCAGAGUGUGGGAAGAGAUUCAGUUACAGUGGCCAUCUUCAGACUCAUCAAAGAACCCACACAGGGGAGAAGCCUUUUGAAUGCUCAGAGUGUGGGAAGAGAUUCAGUCGGAGUGGACAUCUUCAACCCAGUAGCGCUCUUAAACAACAUCUAAGAACCCACACAGGGGAGAAGCCUUUUGAAUGCUAUGAAUGUGGGAAGAGAUUCAGGAACAGUGGCCAUCUUCAAAAACAUCGAAGAACCCACACAGGGGAGAAGCCUUUUCAAUGCUCAGAGUGUGGGAAGAGAUUCAGUCAUAGUUUCCCUCUUAAACAGCACCAAAGAACCCACACAGGGGAGAAGCCUUUUGAAUGCUCAGAGUGUCGGAAGAGAUUCAGCGACAGUAGCGCUCUUAAACAACAUCUAAGAACCCACACAGGGGAAAAGCCUUUUGAAUGCUCAGAAUGUGGGAGGACAUUCAGCAUCAGUGGCAAUCUUCGAAAUCAUCAAAGAAUCCACACAGGGGAGAAGCCUUUUGAAUGCUCACAGUGUGGGAAGAGAUUCAGCAAUAGUGGCAAUCUUCAACAGCAUCAAAGAACACACACUGGGGAGAAGCCUUUUGAAUGCUCAGAGUGUGGAAAGAAAUUCAACAACAGUGGCAAUCUUCAAAAACAUCUAAGAACCCACACUGGGGAGAAGCCUUUUGAAUGCUUAGAGUGUGGGAAGAGAUUCAGCAACAGUGGCAGUCUUCAACUGCAUCAAAGAACCCACACAGGGGAGAAGCCUUUUGAAUGCUCAGAGUGUGGGAAGAGAUUCAGUCAGAACAGCAACCUUCAAACUCAUCUAAGAACCCACACAGGGGAGAAGCCUUUUGAAUGCUCAGUGUGUGGGAAGAAAGUUAGCAACAGUAGCCUUCUUCAAAGUCAUCUAAGAACCCACACAGGGGCGAAGGCUUUUGAAUGCUCAGAGUGUGGGAAGAGAUUC